AUGUCCGCCAACCCAGUAACUGAUGACAAAUUUGUUGAUGCCCAGCUCCACAAUCUCUCACUGGAUGAAAGCCAAACCGACUUGAAACAACUGUCCAAUAUUUCCGCCAGUAACAAAAAAUACGACAUACUCGAGAGAAUUAAGAUUUUGCGCUUGUGUGGAAUCGAUGUAACUCCAGAUAAGGAUGGAGGAAUUUUGAAAAUGAUAAGCGUACUUGGUCUGGGAUCAAAUAAACCGCUUCCUGGUGAUGAAGUUGUCAUGGAGUAUAGAAGGUGGCUGGUCGAUGGGUCGGUCAUUGAUGAAGGAUACAAGUCGUUUGAAUUUCAAUUUGGAGAGAGCAAAACCAUUGCUCUCUGUGAACACGGCAUUGGGACGAUGUUGGAAGGUGAGGUAGCUUUGUUCCUCUGCAGACCAUGUUACGGCCUUACCUCAGAGGAACUAUUAAAUGGGGCACAUCAGGAAGUGGAUAUUGUUUUUGAGAUUAAGCUGAUUUCUUGGCAUGGUUGUGAUGGGGACCUGUGCGUAUGCAAAAGCGCGAUGGAGUCAGGGGAGUCGUACGGAAUACCUAACGAUGGCGCCAAAUGUACCGUUGAGUUGAUCGGCCGCUACAAAGGUAGAAUAUUCGAUGAGAGGGUUGUGACUUUCAUUCACGGAGAGGGCAUGGAGGAAGGGGUGGUUGAAGGGGUGGAGCAGGCUCUUUUGAGGUUUUCUCGGGGCGAAAAAGCGAGGUUGAAGUUGAAAAGUCGUGUUGGGUUUGGAGAGCAUGGAUGUGAGAAGUUUGCUAUUCCUCCUAACGCAGAUCUGGAAUAUGAUGUCCGACUGCUCGAAUGUUCCAGAGCGAAAGAUUUCUGGGACAUGACAUUGGAAGAAAAAUUGGAGCAGUCAAAGCAAGACAAACUCAAAGGAUUGCAUUAUUUUCAACAAAGAAAGUUCAAGCUGGCCAUAAAAUUUUUCCAAAAAAUCAUCGACUACCUACAAUUCGAAGACCUGAACGCUGGAAUGGACCAGGAAGUAAGAAGGGACCUCCUCCUCUCCUCAUACCUCAACCUUGCCAUCUGCCAUCUUUCUGAGGAUCAGCCCUUUCCAGCCGCCCACGCGUGCACCAGGGCCAUUGAAAUUGACCCCUGCAGUGAAAAGGCAUAUUUCAGAAGAGGAAUUGCCAACACAGGUAUGAAAAAUUUCAAAGAGGCCCUGAAUGAUUUUCAGAAAGUCACUCUACUCAACCCGAAGAACAAGGGUGCCGUAAAGAAACUGAAACUGGCGGAGACCUCCAUGAAAAACAUGCAGGCUGUGGAAAGGGAACGGAUGAAAAAAUUAUUCAAAAGAUGUUGA